GCUGCAACUACUUAAACAAUUAUAGUGUUGAAGUUUCCCUUACAAUUGAGCUAUAUUGAAAUUAUUCUUUUUUCUUAUCAUCCUUUAGUAAAUGAUCUUUUACUAGUGUGUAUGCCAGUCCAAUUGUUAGUGCUGAUACAACAGUGCCCUGAGCUGCCACUCGCAGCUGCAUUAGAAACACACUGGUGCUCAUCUUGCCCCGAGUCUUGUAUUUGUAUGCUCCAAAACCACACACACCCAGCAAUCCAAUAAUACCUAUGAUCAUAAAUGGAGAGUCUUUAGACUUUCUUGCAAGCCUAUCUGCUUGAGAUUCAUCUGUGUAGUUAAAUAUUUGCUGUGGAUUAGACAUUGUGCACACACUGUGUGACAGCUACUGAUACAACUAAUGAAACGCCUUUUUUUCGCUCUUUUUGUCGUUCAAUGUGU